AUGGAUCGGUCAAGACAACCGCUCCUGCAGCCGCACCGCGAUCUGUUCCUGUCUUCGUCCAAGAAGCGCAAGAUCGAAGAUCCUGCAGCUGCCACAGACAGGAUGCGACAACGUCAUCGAGAAGAGGCAACAGAGAUGGCGCGACUGACCAACGAACUGGCGGCUCUGAAACGCGAUAUGCUACCCAUAGCACAGCUCAACCACACGAUCGCAAAACAAGCUGAAGAGCUCGUGACGCUCAAAGAGGAGAACCGGAAGUGGAAGGAGGAGCAUGCUAGGCAAGGGGAACAAGCUAGGGAGAUGAAAAAAGCGGCCGACAACGCUAGGAAUGAAACAAACGUCUUCAGAAGUCAUCUGAAAACGAUUAGCAGAGCUCAUAGCGAGCUAUACCGGGACAUUGAUUGGCAAAAGAGCAAGAGACACCAGGCGGAAAAGCAGCUACAGGAGUACUUAGCCGCACAGAAGGCUAUCGCCGAGAAGUACGGUUCUGCAACAAAGUUAUUGAGGUAG